GUCAUUGUUUAUGACAACGAAUUAUAUUUUAUUCUAAUUUGUUCAUUAUUCGAUGAGCAUUAACGGUUUGUGCACGUACUUUGACGUUUAUCAGCUGAAGUGUUCAGGUGUAAUUUGUGGUGUAGAAAUUAACUGUAUUGUGUCACGUUAGCGGUACUUCUAAUUACUGACAUUAAAAAAACAUAAUUAGUUAAAUUUUUGCUAAUGUGAUGUGAAUAAAUAAAACGCUUUACAAUGUCGAUAUCACAUUGUGCAAUUAUUGUUUGUGUUCAAUUAACUAUUAUAUUUAUUUUACAAUUUGGUGAAGCAGAUUUUCAAACAUUAUCGGCAUUUACAAAAUCUGGGAAAAAUGUGUUGACAUUAGAUGCAUCUAACUCUUUUAUUAGCGAAACCCUCCAACCCCAAUCUCGUAUCAGAAGGAACUCUCUGAAAACGAUGAAUUCCACCCAACCAAGGAUUAUAACACAGAUCAAUCACCUAAAUGAUAGCCAUAAGCAUUUGAUGGUGCAAUGGAUAGGUAAGGGUAGCGACGUAAUUAUUUGUUUGGCUCGCGAUCCUCCUACAUCGUAUGAAACUGAUGUUAUGAACUCCUCCAGCGUUUAUAUAUCUUAUGAUUACGGUAAUACCUACGAAAAUAAAACUGAAUUAUUCAAAAUUUCGAAUAAAACGUAUUCUGUCGUGGAGAAGUUCUACAACCAUGAAAAGUACAACACUCAUUUUGUCUUUACGGACUUGAAAAAUAAAGUCUUAUUUACGACCAAGAAUCAUGGAAGAGAUAUUAAAAAAGUGCAGUUGAAAUUUACGCCCAGUGAAGUAUCUUUUCACGAAUUUCAGCCCCAAAUUUUCCUGAUUUUGGACAAAGUUGAUUCUAAACGGCCUCUUUACCUUACUGAAGAUUUCGGAGAUAGUUGGCAGAUAGUAGAUGAGUUUGUGGAAUCUUUUCACUGGAUUUCUGAAGAUAGCACUAAACUUAGAUUAGUAUUGCAAAGGAAUGAACCAGGGGGUUGGAGCAGUAUUUUUUAUUGUAUGGACAUAACAAAGGACAAAAGGUGGCAUUUGUAUGCCACUGAAGUUAAACAUUUUUUCGUGAAAGAGGAUUACAUUUUCUUUACCAAAAAUGCCAGCAAGAAUAAUCUUGAUCUAUAUGUUUCGUAUAAAUUUGGGGAGAAGAAAAAGUGCGUUUUUGAUUCUGAAUUGGAUCGUAAAAAUUAUUAUAUAGCAGACGUAUCUAAUAAUCGAACACUUGUGGCAGUAAGUCAUACAAACACUUUAUCUCAUUUAUAUGUAUCUGAAGAACUAACUGGUAAAGAUGGAAAGGUUCGUUUCACGUUGUCAUUGGAAGAAAUUUUGUGUUAUUUUCCGAACGAUACGUGGCAAGAUUCUUGGCUACAUCGAAUUGUUGAAGAACCGUUUGCGGAUAUAUACAAGGUGGAGGGUGUUAAUGGCAUUUAUAUAGCAUCCCAAAUUAUUUCCAAACCGUUAGGUCACAAUUUAGGUCCUCAGCAUCUGGGUUCUGUUAUUACUUACGAUCAUGGUGGCUCCUGGCAUUUACUCUCUCCUCCUGCUAGGGAUGAAGAAGGUCAAUUAAUUUCUUGUUCAUCCAAUAACAAUUGUUCCCUUCAUCUAAGUCAGACAUUUAGUCGCCUUCAUCCUGAAACUAGAUCCAUCAGCAUUUUGUCAAGCAAAUCUGCUCCAGGAUUGAUAGUAGCCACUGGGGUUAUUGGAAAGAGUCUUAAGGGCCAUUUUGGAGUAUUUGUAAGUUCGGAUGCAGGAUUUACGUGGCGCCAGGUCUUAAAAGAAUUGUACUUCUUUAACAUGGGAGAUCACGGUGGUGUCUUAACUGCUGUUAAAUAUUACAAAAAUUGGGGAGAAACCCGAGUCGUCCUUUAUUCUACCGACGAAGGUGAAAAUUGGAGCGAAGCGCCGUUUUCUGAACAUAAUUUAAGAUUGUAUGGUCUCAUGACUGAACCCGGCGAAAAUUCUACAGUUUUUACCCUUUUCGCGUCCAAGCCCGAAACGCACCAGUGGAUCAUUAUAAAGAUUGAUUUGAAACCUGUUUUUCAGUACAACUGUUCUGCGGAUGAUUACAAGUUAUGGUCCCCAAGCCAAACUGAGGAGAGUCGUCGUUAUGUACCUUGCAUAAUGGGUAAACAAAUAACGUAUAGACGAAGAAUAUCACAUGCUAAUUGCUACAACGGGUUGGAUUUGGAUCUUCCUGUAUCUUGGGAACCAUGUGAUUGUGACGCCCUCGAUUUUGAAUGUGACUUUGGAUUCGUUCGAGUGGGAAAACCCUACCAUUGUAUUCGUAACAAAACGUCUAGCGAAAACCCGUUUGAAAUUCCAAAAUGGUGUAAACCGGGUCUUUUUUACGUACGCUCGAAAGGUUACCGAAAAAUAGCAGGAGAUGCUUGCGUGGAUGGGUUCCAGGAUCGAUAUUUGCCCGAACAAAUUCCUUGCCCCUUCAAAGAAGUUCCUGAAUUUCUGCUGUUUGCACGCAGAGAUAAGAUUUUCUGGUUUGAUUUAACAACUGAAAAGCUCGAGGAACUUCCAAUUAAAAACUUAAAGAACGUCAUAUCUGUGGAAUUCGAUAUGAAGAAUAAUUGUGUCUUUUGGGCAGACAUUGUCACGGACCAGAUUGGUAGACUUUGUUUAAGUAAUGGAUCUGAACCAGAAAUUUUGGUCUCAAACGAUCUUGCAUCUGUAGAAGGAAUGGCUUAUGAUUGGAUUUCGCAUCAUCUUUAUUUCGUUGAUGGAACAAGGAACAAAAUAGAAUUGAUCAGGACAGAUAUUAAUCAUUUUGGUAGAAUGAGAAGAACUAUAAUUGGCCCCAAUGAUUUGAAAAAGCCCCGGGGCAUUGCCGUACAUCCUGCAGCUGGCUAUAUGUUUUGGACUGAUUGGGCUACUGAAAGUCCCUCUGUUAGUAGAGCAAAUUUGGAUGGAACCAAUAUCAAGAGGUUGAUUGAGCAUCCCCAAGUUGAAUGGCCUAAUGGUGUAACUGUAGAUUAUAUUGCGGAACGUAUAUACUGGGUAGACGCUAAAUUGGAUUACAUAGGAAGCUCUGAUUUGCACGGGCAACGUAUCAAGCACAUCAUUUCAAACAACGACCUCGUUAUCCAUCCAUUUGCCAUUGCUGUGUUCAAAGAUCAAAUGUAUUGGGACGAUUGGAAACAAAAUAUGAUUUUCAGUGCAGAUAAAGAUCACGGAGUUGCAAUUAAGCAGUUAGUCAAAGAAUAUUCCGGACCGAUGGACCUCAAGGUUUACGGACAUAGUCUUCAACAUAGUACCAAUGAUUGUCAAAAUUCUUCGUGCAAAUAUCUGUGUGUUGGAGCUCCAAAACAGAGUCACGUUUGUCUUUGCCCUGAUGGUAUGGAAGUUAAAGGAGGUAAAUGUAUGUGUCCCGGAGGAGUGCCGCCCUAUGCAAACAUGACUUGUUCCAGCGUAUCAAACACUUGCGGCCCAGGUUAUAUCGCUUGCAAAAACAAUCUUUGUGUACCUAAGGGUUGGACUUGCGAUGGAGAAGACGAUUGUGGGGAUAAUUCAGAUGAAAUCAAUUGUAAGGUACAGACAUGUGGCGGUAAUCAAUUUGUUUGUGGAGAUGGACGGUGCUUACCACAUUAUUGGAGAUGUGAUUACGAGCGAGAUUGUGUCGAUGGCUCAGAUGAACUCAAUUGUCCAGUACAAAAUUGCACUAGCUCACAAUUCAAGUGUGGAAAUGGGAGGUGUAUUUCUAUGAAAUGGAGGUGUGAUGGUGAAAACGAUUGUCGAGAUGGAUCUGAUGAAAGAGAUUGCAAUGUUGCAGACCCAGUCACUUGUAAAACAAGCGAGUUUCAAUGUAAAACCGGUGGAAUAAAUUGUGUACCAUCCAUUUGGCGGUGUGAUGGAGAAAGUGACUGUAAAGAUGGGAGUGAUGAAUUGGAUUGUGGAAACAGUACUUGCCCCCCUUCUCUAUUCUCUUGCGGAAAUCCAUCCAAUCAUUGUUUGUAUAUGGCAUGGGUGUGUGAUGGAGAUAGUGAUUGUCCCAAUGGAGCAGAUGAAAGUAAUUGCACUACAACAGCACCCACUUCCGUGUCACCUGUUAAUCCAUUUCCAACUGCUAAUAAUUCCGUUUGCCUUGAUUGGAUGUUCUUGUGUAAAAAUAAAAACUGUAUUCCCUCUUGGUGGAAAUGUGACAUGGCUGACGACUGUGGCGAUAAUAGUGACGAAGAAGGAUGCUUUUAUCCAUCUUCUGUAAUUCCAACUACAGAUCUGGCUACCACAAUGAAGCCUCAUGUUUGUCCUCAAGAUUAUUUCCAAUGUGCAACAGGCGAAUGUAUAUCACUUUCUUGGAUUUGCGACGGCUCGAGGGACUGCAAGGGUGGUGAAGAUGAAAUGCACUGUGAAGGGGCUAGGCACUGUAGUGAUGCAGAUGAAUUUAAAUGUCGAAUGGAUGGAAGUUGUAUUGAUAUAACAAAGGUUUGUGAUAGUCGUUCAGAUUGUCCUGAUGGGUCAGAUGAAACUCAUUGCGCCGAACAUAAUUAUCCUAACGAACCUGCAACUCCUAGUUGCUCUUUGGGUUUCUUCCCUUGCGAUGUAAAUAACUGUAUUCCCCUCGCAGCCCGUUGUGAUGGCUUUGAAGACUGUCGCGACGGAUUUGACGAAUUGAAUUGUAAAAACAUAAAGAAAGUUCACCAAGUAUUAAAAAUGACGGCACUUCAGCAAGGAAUAUCAUCAACUAGUAUUUUAUUGCAAUGGUGGAUAAGAAAUCCUGAGGGAGGAAUUAUGGACUUUUUACCAUCAAUCAGUGAAGUAGGAAAGGACAAAUGGGAAAAUAAAACAUGGAUUACUUUUAUGAUAUAUCGUUUUACCGGACUGAAACCUUUUACUGCCUACAACAUGACAGUGUACACCAGGUAUAGGAAACAUCAAAAUGAUACUGCAGAGGUAUUUCCACCAGCAAAAUUCUAUGUGGCAACAACUGACGAAGAUGCUCCAAGUCCACCAUGGAACUUAACAGUACGGCAAGUAAACAGUACUGAUGUUUUACUACUCUGGAAUGCUCCAUCCACUCCUAGAGGCAUUAUUCAAUAUUACGAAAUCUACGUGUCUCCUCCGGACUCACCUCUUAAUAUUAAAACGAGUUCUAACAAAACCAGUUACUCUCUGUCCAAAUUAUUUUCCUCAAAUCAAACUUAUUCAUUUUAUUUAAUCGCCCACAAUUCAAAAUAUCAAAGUGAGAAAUCCGAAGUGAAAGUCAUUACUUUUGAUGGGGAUUCUUUGGUGGGGAAAGUUUCUGGAUUGAUUGUUAGCAACAUGACAAAUAGUACUUUGAGGUUGUCUUGGAAUGCAAUAGAUAAAGUAGAUGGUUAUAGGAUUCGCCUGGAAACCCUUUCACCCAUGUUUCCUAAAUUUCCGGAGCGUUUCGUUAAGACAAAUUGGACAUAUUUUGAACAACUAUCUCCAGAAGUUGACUACAUAUUCAGGGUAAGUGCUUACAAGAAAAGUUUUUACGGGGAAGAAGUAGGAAUAAUGGUUAACCUUACUGGUAUUCCACUGCCCGAAGUACCCAAUGUCGAAGCACAAGUUAUUAAGGAAAUGGGAACUUCUGUUAAAUUAAGCUGGGACAGGCCCAAGGAUAGUCGUAAAGUUAAAUGGGUUUAUGGAGUAUAUUAUGGCACGACAUUGACAGAGGUUUUGGAAGGGUCUCAUAUAAAUACAACUAAUUUGACAGUGACUGUAUCAGAUCUAGAAGCUUGCGAGAAUUUCAUGUUUAUGAUCGGUGUUGUGGGUCCUUUGGGUAUUGGUCGAUUGUCAAGUCGGAGUCCUCAUGUAACCACACAGGUUAAUAAACAGUCUCCACCCAAGAAGUUGAAGGUGUACCCCCAUUCAAACGACCCACUUCAAAUGGUAGUUGAAUGGGAAGCUCCCUGCUACAGCCUCAUAGAGCCUAUUGGAUAUAUUAUACCUACUUCCAAUGCGAAUAUUAUUAUCAACGCGAUACUGUCGCCAUCUUGUAUUUUAUUCUUUUACAUAACGAAAUCAAAAGUAACAGUAUAUGAAAAAUCUACGAACAGAACUAUUUCGGUUACAAAGGCGAACAGUACAGAAAUAAGGCAUAGACAUACAUUUAAGAUAACUUACGGUGGAGUUUAUGAGUUAAAAGUUGCGACUAACGUAAAGGGUGCAAAGUAUAGUUCCACGGUUACUUACAAUGGACCUUUGCUUCUUCCUCCUCACGAAUUGAAGGUGUUCCCUCAAUUAAAUGGUAGCUACCUGGUCUACUGGCAGGAACACGACAUUUCUCCCAGUGUUGGUUCUUACAUGUACGAAGUUUUAAUUUCUGAAGGGAAUACGUUGAAUGAGACUACAGCCAAACGGUUCUCUGUCAAGGAACCUCCUUUUAUUUUCGAUAAUGCGACAUUUGAUACAUACACUUUUGCUGUUCGAAUGAAGACGAAGGAAGGAUACAAAUCGAUCCUUUCGGAAAGAGCCAGUUCGUAUAAUAAGAAUUAUUCCAGUUGGUCCAAAGUUAUUGAUAAGACGAGUCUCACCGCUAUAGUAGUUCCUUCUUGUCUUUUGUUAAUUGUUCUUGCCGCAGCUUUAGGAUUCUUGUUUGUGCGACAUCGGAAGUUGCAGAAUAGUUUUACGCGCUUCGCAAAUUCGCACUAUGAUUCCAGAUCGGGUGCAGCAACGUUUGAUGAUCAUGGGUUGGAUGAGGAAGAAGAGAGUCCUCAGAUUAGGGGCUUCUCUGACGACGAACCCUUAGUUAUCGCGUAAACGUGUGUUACACUCUUAGGAUUUUUGGUUUAGAAUGUGAAGUUACCACUCCAAUUUGAUAAAAUACUAGCGAACCAUCUGAAACAAAACAGGGUGAAAUUAAUAAAAACGUUUUAUAAAAUGAGAAUACUGAUUUAUCGUAAUAAAAUAAAAAUGUUCUAUAACAGAUAUAUGUUGUAAUGUUGACUGAUUUAAAAAUGCAGUAUUACAUUAACUAAUUACUUUCAAAGAUUUUUUUAUGUAAAAUAAACAUUCAAUUUUCAUUGCUCAAUAAGUAGUCAAAUUUAUAUAAAAUUUACUACAUUUUUGUCAUUACUGUAUUUGUUAAUCAGUUAGUGUGUUGUAGAAAUUAUUUUGAAGUAAUUGACUGUUUAAAAUGUACUAGCUUCUAUUAGACAUUUAACGUUAACCUUACCAAUCAAACGAAAUUAAUAAUGAAGUAUAUGUUACGGUAAACAUCGCUUUUAACUUUGUAGAUACGAAAUUUUAAAAAAAAUUUAAUAAGAAGCAGCUUUGCCUACAUAUGUUUGUAAUUGCUGCUUUGUUUUUAGGAUAAAAACAAAAUAGUAAUGUUUUGUUAAGUGGUGAGCUAGUUGUACAGAGAUUACUUUCAGAUAUGUUCCAUAUUUUUUUUUUUUUUUUUAGUUAGAUAAAUCUUCUGUGUUAUCGAGUGUUUUAUUAUCAUAUUUUUAUUUGUUGCGUUUUGAAGUUAAUGAUAAAUAUAAUUAUUAUUAUUAUUGACUUAUUUUUGUUAACUGAAUACAUAUUAUCUUACAAAGACAAUUCAAUGUCAGUGUGGGUAGUUAUGUUUAGUAUUAUUAAUAUUUUUAGUCACUUUCUGU